AUUUAGAUGAAACUUAAAAGUUUUCUGUUGUGAAAUAUGCCGAAAUAGGCUAUCAUACGUAUAAUAAAACUUCCCCCAUAAAAUUUUAAUCACGAAACAGGAAUAACAGCUACGUGCAUUAACCUGUUUUACCUUUUCUUUUGGUCUGCGCCUUUUGUCUGAAUAUUUUAUUGAUAUAUGAUCUCCAUGAGCCAUGACUUUGCACUGGUUAAUAAUUAUACCUGAGAGUAUAUGUAGAGGCGGGACACUGGUGAUCUCACUCUCUCUCUCUCACUCUCUCUCUGGCAAUCAUGAGACUCGUAGUCUGUUUUCUUUCUCUGCUCACUCUUUUCGGUCCUGCAGAAUGUGGGAAUGUUUUAGUUUGGUUUACUGAGGGCAGUCACUGGAUCAAUCUGAAGAUCGUGUUGGAAACGUUGAUUGAAAGGGGACACAGUGUCACGGUGUUGGUUCCGGAUGCCUCUCUCUUCAUGAAAGCUAAAGAAUCGGAUCGCUUCUCGUCCCAGCCCUUUAACGUGUCCAUGGAUGUACAGGAAAUGAGAGACUUCAUUGAGGAAUUUCUAUAUUUCUCAGUGUAUGAGACCGAUCAGUUAAACUUACUGCAGAUUCAAAUGAAAGUCUUAGAGUUUACUUCCAAACUUCAGGAAAUGUCUAUAGCAUACUGUGACGGCAUUCUCAAAUCGCCAGAGUUGAUGGAGAAAUUGCGGAAUGGGAAGUUUGACGUUGUUCUGUCGGAUCCGAUCUACGCAUGCAGCGAUAUUGUGGCUGAAGAGCUGAACGUUCCCUUGGUUUACACGUUCCGGUUAUCUGUUGCUAAUGUUGCUGAGCGGAUGUGUGGUCAGUUACCAGCUCCACCUUCAUUUGUUCCUGGAGUCAUGAGUAAACUCACAGACAAGAUGAGCUUCACAGAACGAAUCAUCAAUAUGCUCUUCUACCUUUCUCAAGAUUUUUUUGCCACUCUUGCUUGGAGAAAAUUUGACAGCUAUUACACUGAAUAUUUUGGACGGCCCACAUCAUUUUGUGAGAUGACGGGUAAAGCUGAUAUCUGGUUAAUCAGAACCUACUGGGAUUUUGAGUUUCCACGGCCAUUCCUGCCCAACUUCAAAUAUGUUGGAGGCCUUCACUGCACCCCUGCCAAACCAUUACCCAAGGACAUGGAGGAGUUUGUACAGAGCUCAGGGGAUGAUGGGAUUGUGGUCUUCACUCUGGGGUCUUUGGUAGACAAAAUGCCUAAAGAGAUAAGCAAUAAGAUCGCCUCAGCACUGGCACAGAUUCCACAGAAGGUUUUAUGGCGAUACGGCGGAGAGAAGCCAGAUACUCUUGGUGAAAACACCAGAAUCUAUAAGUGGAUCCCUCAGAAUGAUUUAUUGGGUCACCCCAAAACCAGAGUAUUCAUCACUCAUGGAGGCACUAACAGCUUAUAUGAGGCCAUUUAUCAUGGUGUUCCAAUGGUUGGGAUUCCCUUGUUUGGUGACCAGCCUGAUAAUUUGGUUCAUAUAAAGGCAAGAGGGGCUGCUGUUAGUAUAGACAACAUCAAAACCAUGGAGCCACAAGACCUGGUGGAUGGACUCAAUGCCAUCAUUAAUAACUCAUCGUAUAAGGAGAAUGUUAUGCGUUUGUCCAGGAUUCAUCAUGACAGACCAGUAAAGCCUUUAGAUGAGGCUGUGUUCUGGAUUGAGUUUGUCAUGCGCAAUAAAGGCGCUAAACACCUGCGUGUCGAGGCCCACAACCUUACCUGGUACCAGUACCACUGUCUGGACGUGUUCACUUUUCUCAUCACUAUCCUGACUGUAGUCCUCUACGUCUUCUUUAAAAUGUGCAAAUUCUUCAUAAUGCGUUGCUGUUUUAGAUCAAAAAGUAAAAAAAGCAAAAAAGAGUGAUUAAGAUUUUUGAUUGCUUUGAAUAUUCUAUAUAAUGCAUUUUUAUUAUUUUUUUUUACAUGCAUUGAAAAAUAGGUAUGAUGUCAUGUCAGUGCACUGUUUAUACUGGGAAUUCAUGUUUAAAGAUGCCACAAAUUAUGUUUGAAGAUUUUAUACCAUAUUUGCAAAUAUGUUCAUAUUUGAGCUUACUGUAAGUUUUAUUUGUGAAAAUGCUGCCUUGUUAGUCUGCUCUGGCUGUUUUAAGAUUGAGUCAUACAAAAACAAAAAUAACAACAGGCUUACAAAUUCUUUCAGACAUCGAAACUAAACAAAUAAAUAUGCACUUGUUUUGUAAUUAAUUUACUGAUCAUUAUAAAUAAAAUCAAAGUUAGAACGUGAA